AACUGUUUUUUGUGUUCUUUCUCUUUUUUUUGCAGCUGACAGUGAAGACAGUACUGUAUCGAUCCAGAUAAAGUUAGAAAAUGAAGGCAGUGAUGAAGAUAUUGAAACUGACGUGCUCUAUAGUCCACAGAUGGCCCUAAAGUUAGCUUUAACAGAAUGGUUGCAGGAGUUUGGUGUACCUCAUCAGUAUAGCAGUCGGCAGGUUGCACACAGUGGAGCUAAAGCAAGUGUAGUUGAUGGGACUCCCUUAGUUGCAGCGCCCUCUUUAAAUGCCACAACUGUAGUUACAACAGUUUAUCAGGAGCCCAUUAUGAGCCAGGGAGCAGCCUUGAGUGGUGAGCCUACCGCUUUGACCAAGGAAGAAGAAAAGAAACAGCCAGAUGAGGAACCCAUGGACAUGGUAGUGGAAAAACAAGAAGAAACAGACCCCAAGAAUGACAAUCAAAUACUAACUGAAAUUGUUGAAGCUAAAAUGGCUGAGGAAUUGAAACCAAUGGACACAGAUAAAGAGAGCAUAGCUGAAUCAAAAUCCCCAGAAAUGUCAAUGCAGGAAGAUUGCAUUAGUGAUAUUGCCCCUAUGCAGACUGAUGAACAGACAAACAAGGAGCAGUUUGUGCCAGGUCCAAAUGAAAAGCCUUUGUACACUGUGGAACCAGUGACUUUGGAGGAUUUGCAGUUGCUUGCUGACCUAUUCUAUCUUCCUUAUGAGCAUGGACCCAAAGGAGCACAGAUGUUAAGGGAGUUCCAGUGGCUUCGAGCAAAUAGCAGUGUUGUCAGUGUCAAUUGCAAAGGAAAAGACUCUGAAAAAAUUGAAGAAUGGCGGUCACGAGCAGCCAAGUUUGAGGAGAUGUGCGGACUGGUGAUGGGAAUGUUCACUCGGCUCUCCAAUUGUGCCAACAGGACAAUCCUUUAUGACAUGUACUCCUAUGUUUGGGAUAUCAAGAGUAUAAUGUCUAUGGUGAAGUCUUUUGUACAGUGGUUAGGGUGUCGUAGUCAUUCUUCAGCACAGUUCUUAAUUGGAGACCAAGAACCCUGGGCCUUUAGAGGUGGUCUAGCAGGAGAGUUCCAGCGUUUGCUGCCAAUUGAUGGGGCAAAUGAUCUCUUUUUUCAACCACCCCCACUGACUCCUACCUCCAAAGUUUAUACUAUCAGACCAUAUUUUCCUAAAGAUGAGGCUUCCGUGUACAAGAUUUGCAGAGAAAUGUAUGACGAUGGAGUGGGUUUACCUUUUCAAAGUCAGCCUGACCUUAUUGGAGACAAGUUAGUAGGAGGGCUGCUUUCCCUCAGCCUGGAUUACUGUUUUGUCCUAGAAGAUGAAGAUGGCAUAUGUGGUUAUGCCCUGGGCACUGUAGAUGUGACCCCCUUCAUUAAAAAAUGUAAAAUUUCCUGGAUUCCCUUCAUGCAGGAGAAGUAUACCAAGCCAAAUGGUGACAAAGAACUCUCUGAGGCUGAGAAAAUAAUGCUGAGUUUCCAUGAAGAGCAGGAAGUGUUGCCAGAAACUUUCCUUGCCAACUUCCCUUCUCUGAUAAAGAUGGAUAUUCACAAAAAAGUAACUGACCCAAGUGUAGCCAAAAGCAUGAUGGCUUGCCUCCUGUCUUCACUGAAGGCUAACGGCUCCCGCGGGGCUUUCUGUGAAGUGAGACCAGAUGAUAAAAGAAUUCUGGAAUUUUACAGCAAGUUAGGCUGUUUUGAAAUUGCAAAAAUGGAAGGAUUUCCAAAGGAUGUGGUUAUACUUGGUCGGAGCCUGUGACAUUUGUUGGCACUUUGAACUAUCCAAAAGUCUCUUAACUUCACCUGGUGGGUGGUGGUUGGGGUCUUCAUACAGUUGAGCCUCUGGAAUGGCAACAAAUCAGCCAAUUGGGAUUGGAAACGAAGACUGUGUAAAACUCACCAAUCACACUUUGAGAUUACUCACUGGUUGGAAGAUAGUAUUGAUGCAAAUCCUGUUUGAAACAGAUGUGGGCCUCCUUUCUGGGUCUUGUGUUAGGUGCCAAGACCUCUAUAUGGGCUUAUAGGGAGGGGGUCUUCAAUAAAUGUAGUCAGCACUGUGUUCUGCAUCCAGUGUGGUUGCAUUUCUCAUCUAAUAAGAGUAAUCAAAAUCAUUUGUCAUCCUCUUUGGCUUAUUGAAUGAAAUGUCUUUCAUUCUUUGGGGACAUGUCAGAAAUGAGAAAGAUUUAGUAGGUUUCAGAGGCUUCAGGGUAGAGAUUCCAAGUGGGAUGAUUGUUGGCAUAGUUUUAAGAUGAAUAAAUGAUUUUAAUUUGGGGCAGUUUUUCUGCUCUUUGUAAAGCCAUGGCCAAUUGUCUCUUGUAGUGACCAUUGGUUCAGGCAUGUUGUGCUUUUGUAGGGACAAAUGUGCAGUUUGUGGCAAAAGCUUAAAAAUGGCAAACUUGUAAAUUUUUGUAUAUAAACUAGUUGUAACCUGACUUUUGUGUUCACUGUUUUUGUAAUUUUUUUUUCCUUUUGAAAAUGAAAGGGUGUGGUUCAGGAUGGCACUUUGAAUAAUGUAAAUCAGUGGAAGAUGGAUUUUCUUUACUUUUCCCUUUGUUUUGUUUGUUUUUUGGGUUGUUUUUGUUUUUGUUUUUGUUUUUUUUUAGAAGUUUUAUUAUUUUUGAAGUGCCUCCCACCUAGGGCUAGGCCAUGACCACUUUGGGUACGAGAGCCUAACUUCAUGGGACGCAAUCUGUUGCAAGGUGCAGUCACUUCUGGAAAUUAACCUCGAUGCAGGUCAGCAUGUGAAAUGUUUUGACAUCUGUCAAGUAGGGUUCAGGGACUGAUUGGUCCCAUAUGCCCUGAGAUCAGUUGUCCUUUAAUGUCAAGACCUGUUACAACUGGUUUUAUUAAAUCAGAGUCUUUAAUUCUUGCAUGUUUGUAUCUAAUUUUUAAAAGAAACAAUGAGCACACUUUAACCAAUGACUUAUGGUUACCCUUUUAAAACUUUUUCCUUUAACCACAGAUUCUGAAAGCUCCAUGUAUUUUGAUUUAGAUUUGGUGUUUUUAGGGGUUCUGAGCAUGAGGCUAGCAGGUAAUCUCUGCAGGGUUCAUUUUUUCAUCAUGGCUGGCUGACUUUUCCAUGGAUUCAGAACAGUAUUUUGUUAUCUUGCUUCCCUGCAGUUUUGUUAAAUCGGCUGUUUUACUUUGAUCUGAGGUGGGAGGGGCAAGGAGAAGGAAACCUGAAACAUUUUCCUUCAUGAAGUUCCUUCAGUGUGGGCUUGGAAUCUUAUCUUAAAGCAUUGUACCUAGUGGUAUCUAGUGACUUUCAACCAGGGCCUCUGAGUGUGCACUGAAUUUGUAAGAUGAAGGGAGGGGAAGAAGGAGACCUCUUCAUUUUCAGGGUAGAAACCUUUAACUGAUAGAAGGGUAUGAUGUUGGAAAGCUGGAACCAAGUUUGCAUUUUCAAGGGCUAGGGGGAAGGGAAGAUCUCUACAAAAUACUGUUUAAAACAGCUUAGUGCCACUUGGUUGUCUCUUUUAAGUACAUGUUGUACACUAGUAGACAGUUCUAGCAUUUAUCUGGAGGAUUUCAGGGUCAACCUAUGGAAUCAGGAUUUUUAGCAAGUUUGCUUGUGGUUUUAUCUUGGCUUUAUAAUAAUCAUUUGGCUGGUCUUCUGGUCAUAGAUGCUAACUAUGAAACAGAUGUCCAGGCCUAUACUUUCAUCACUCUAGGAUGGUAAAGUGCUACGCUCUCUUCUAUGGUUAUGAAUAUUUAUUAAGGUUGGAAUGACAUUUCAUUGAUUGUUUAGAUCACAGCUCAGUUCCUGUAGAAAACGAACUGUAAAACUAUCUGAAGACCAUGCAAGAGGCAAAAUAAAACUUGAAGUGAAUGUG